AUGCGACAAGAAGUGAUCGAUGCCGGCGGCGAGUGUUUAUCUAAACCAAGACAAGAAUUAGGUUUACUUCUGGAUCAACUCGAUUUGGUACAUCAGAAAGUGAAAGCUUUCGAUGAAAUUGAUUUGAGUCGAUGGAAAGAUCUGGUCGAUCGUGUUAAAAUGCUGUCCAUAUUUCAUGUUACUCUUAUGGAUGUCGAUAAUGGUCUUGAGUUGUUAGUAACCGGCAAAAAACUAGAAAAUCUGAUUUAUUCGACAGAUAAUGAUCGACAUCCUAUUGGUUUGGUACCGAUACCUUCCUCAGAACUACAACGUAUCGAUCACACGGGAAAAAAUGCACAAGUAGAUCCGACAGAGAACAGGCGAUUAGAGGAAAGUCGGACCUCAACUGCUCUGGCGGAAGGAGUCGAACAUCCGAAUAAUCAGAGGCCACUAACACAGUUGCGUCGACCUGCAGCUGCUGAAAUUCCCUUUGAACAUCGAAGUUUCUAUCCGUUGCGAUGGCGAAUCAAUAAUUGA